AUCAGUUCUUCCCAGUCGAUCGUCUUGUACUCUACGAACACAUUCUAUUUAACAAAUAACAUGGCUCCAGGAGGUAAAACCGCCGGCGGAAAAGCAAUGAAGAAAGCCGCGGGUAAAGCGCAGAAAAGCGUUGUGAAAUCCGACCGCAAACGUAAACCAAAGAGGAAAGAGUCCUACGGCAUUUACAUUUACAAAGUUCUGAAACAAGUCCACCCCGAUACCGGCGUCUCGUCCAAAGCCAUGAGCAUUAUGAACAGUUUUGUCAACGAUAUUUUCGAACGUAUCGGCGCUGAGGCCGCGCGCUUGGCGCUGUACAACAAACGUUCGACGGUGACCAGUCGGGAAAUCCAGACCGCCGUCCGUCUCCUGUUGCCCGGUGAAUUGGCCAAACACGCUGUCAGCGAGGGCACCAAAGCCGUCACCAAAUACACCAGUUCCAAGUAGUUGUAACUAGAAAUGAUGCGCACCAAUAAAAUUUUGUAGACCUAAAACGGCCCUUUUCAGGGCCAUCAGAUAUUUAUCGAGUCGAUUCCCUCCUAUAUAUGUCUUCUUUUUUUUUAGUUGACCUAUCGACUGUUUGGUGUGUGUAUUAUUUAUUAUUGCAGUUCUAUCCCGUUAUAAUAACAAAUCGUGUACAAACAAAUGCAUAUUUAUCAUAUGAGAUAUGUACUUUGUAAAUCAUUGAAAUACUGCGUAUUGAAACGUAUUCGGACAAGACCGUAUUAAAUGAACCGAAUCUCGAGUUUGUCAGGG